GUGAAUUCUCUGGAUUUAUCAGUUCUUAGAAAACCUCUGGCCUAGCUUUUAAUGGAAAAUAAAGAAUUUGAGGUAAAUGUUUGGGGUGGGCAAGGAGCUACUUAGUAGCAUCUUUCCCAAAUUAUGAGUGUGUGUGAGUGUGUAUAACUUAAUCUCUCUGUCCCCAAGAAGUGACUCUGUUCUGACCAUUAUCCACCUCAGUGGAGGCAGGAUGGGUUUUUUUCUUGCUAUUCCAUACUAUAUUUAACCACACCUGGCUUUUUCUUAACAUGGUCCUUAAUAUUAAAUUUUGUAUCAUCUGACUAUACCAUUCACUGCUUUCCAACUUACAUUCAUCAAUCAAUCUCCAGAUAUUUUUUUUUUCUGAAAUGCCUUAAAGAUUGUUGUUCCUGACAAUGAGUAACUUGUGUUUGUCAUUUUUUUCAGCAAUUUCAGACCUCCUGGACAAUUUGUCCAAUGCUCUCACCUUUCAGUUCAUUGACUACAAAUGGUCGCUUUGCCUGCAUGCUUUUCACUAUGUUUUGUUCACUAUGUUUGUGUCUGGUGCUCACAGAAAUGAGAAGAGGGUGCCAGAUACCCUGGAAGACCCAUUUUCUUAUUUCCAGAGUUAGGGGGUCAGAGACUAUGCCUAGACUACCCUAACAAGUUGGCUUUGGCCACAUGUGCUUGAUUAGCCAAUUAAAAGUCACAUGAAUGAAAAGCAGAAAUGAUUUACUCACUAUGGUCACAAUGGGAAGAGGGACAAAGAGGUCCAACUUCCAGGGGUCCAAACAUGAGGAUAAAGUUUAAACAGAAGGCAUAAUUAAAGAAUCCUGGCUAAGGUAUGGUUACUGACCCAUAAUUGUUUCAGCUCCUAUCUCCUGCAAGGUGGUCUGAUAAGUUAUUGGCAUUCUGGGACAUCUAUUUCUGAUUUCCAGGAAAUAAGUUUCCUAUAUGGCUAGCACCAGACUUCAGCCUUUUCUUUCUCAAAUCAUGAGAUUUUUUUUUGGGGGGGAGGGAGGUCAUAGUGGGGCAAUUGUUGUAGCCUCUUAACUAGCCUUUCCCCACUUAUUUUUAUUUGUCUAAUUCUCAAGACAGCAUAUGGAAUUUUUUUUAAAGAAAAAAAUUGGUACUCAUUAGCUCAGAGUUCUCUGAUGGUGCUCCAUCUCAACACAUUAUAGUACUCAACAUGCUCUAUGUUGAGUACUUGGCAUGCUCAUCUCCAUUCUACCCCUUUCAUCCUCUUCUAGUCAGCCUCCUUCACUUCUCCCAGUCAGUCAGUGCUCCCACAUUAAUGCUCAUUCUCUACCCAGAAGACAGUGUGUGUGUGUGUGUUGUAUGUGGGGGGUAUAUAGGUGCCUAGGGAGGCAAAAAGAGGACACUGGAUCCACGGAGCUGGAGUUAUAGGAGAGUGUGAGCACGUGAGUGCUGGCAUAUGAACUUUAGUCCUCUGGAAGAGCAGGAAGCAGUCUUAAUUAACCAUCUCUCCAGCUCCUACCUGGAAUCAUCCUAUACCUGGGUAUGAUGUUUUGUGACUGUUAUUCCAGCCCUUGGGAAGCUGAGGCAGGAGGAACCUGAACUACCUAGGAGAUCCCAUUAAAAGCUGUGAAACAAUCAACUAUAUACCUAAAACCCUCCCUUGAAGAGUAUAAAGGCUUGUUCUAUGAUCAUAUAUAGUUUCUGUUUAAAAGUAGACUAGUUAAAAAAAGUUGGCAGGGUAUAUAGUUCUUGACCAGCAUGUAUGAAGCCCUGGGCUUAACUUCCAGUACUGAGUAAAAUGAAAUACAAACAAAACUCAAAGAUCAACUUCAAUUGCCCUAGUGAUGUCUUCUCUGGAAAUGUCCUAUCAAUGUCAGUGUAAAUUCUCCAAUGGAUUUUAAAUUCUCCAAACAAGGGAUCUUUGUUCACUGGGAGUAUCUGGAGUAACCAGAAAACAUACUGAUAUAUAAAAUGCUUGCAAUAAGGUAUGUUGAAGUAAAGCAGGGUGACACGUGCCUGUAACGGCAGCCAUUGGGAAGGCUAAGGCAGGAGGAUUGCAAGUUCGAGGCCUGGGCUACACAGUGAGUUCAAGUCCAGCAUGGGCAACUUAGUGAGACCCUAACUUAAAAGCAAAAUUAUUAAGGCAGCUAGGGUUUCCACUGCUGCACUUGCCUAGAAUGCCAGAGGCCCUUGGUUCAACCCCCAGCACGAAUAUACACCUUGAGUAAAAUGAGUGUAUGUCUUUUGGGUUUAAUGAAAUAUCCCAAGCAUUGUUUGGAGUGAGUUGUGAUGGUCACACACAAGAACAUGUCAAAGGUAAUCACGAAAUAGCGUUGUAAACCUUAGGGGCUGCAUAAAAGCGCAGUCUGGUUGAUUGUUGGCUUGGUUUGCUUCUCAAGGAUCCACUGGCAACAUGUUCUUGCCCAGUGGUUCUCAACCUUCCUAAUACUGCGACUCUUUAAUACAGUUCCUUAUGUUGUGGUGACCUACAACCAUAAAAUUUGGGUGCGACUUCAUAACUGUAAUUUUGCUCCUGCUAUGAACUGUAAUGUAAAAUAUCUCAUUGCAGGAUAUCUGAUAUGCGACCCCCAGAGGUAGCGACCCUUAGGUUGAGAACUGCUCUGUCUAUUCCCGAGAUUUCCUCAGCGGUGAACGCUUACUCGCCUGUUCAUCAUGUCAGACCUCUCACUUCGAGAUUUGAGAAGACUACAGCGCCAGUAUCCAAAGAGAGGCCGAGUCUAAGCUCGCUGCCGGAUUCAACAACCCGCUCUAGUCCUCCCCAACCAAAGGGCAGGAAGCGGAAGUGACGUAAUCCCCGCGCUCGGAUUCCCGCCUCCCCAGCCCAAGACGGGUGACAAAUGCGGAAGAGGCAGGGCAGGCGUGGGCCCCGGGGUGGCAGUUUGCUGUUUGUCCUUUGCGUAGCAGCCCGCGGAGUUUGAGUCUGUGUGUGAGACGGACCGGAUCGCGGCAGGCUCCAGGCUUCACAGGUCUCCUAUCCAACUGUUGGAGCCUCACAGGACCCCGCUUUCCUGGCCGGGCUUCAGACGCCCCCCACCUCCUGUGCCCAGGCUUCUUAAGACCCCCGGCUCCUGCCCGGGCCUUAGACUCCCCUCCAGCCCCAUGCCGUGGGCCGGCGCUUUUCCACCCGCGGUCAUCUCAGACUCAAGCCCUGCCCUUAGCGCCCGCCUAUGCUCACCUCUGGGCAGGCUUUCAUCUCCCAACCUUGUCCCUCUUUCUCUUUUCUUCUAACCAGAAGUCAAUGCCAGGAGGUAUGGCGCCCCUCAAGAAGCCUCGGAAUCCCACAAAAUUGCCCCUGGCUUUAAAUCCCACGAAGAGCAAGGACGUUUUGGCAGUGCUGGCUGAGAGGAACCAGGCCAUAAUACCAGUUGGGGCUUGGGUGGAACCUGCCUCACCAAAUUGGUCGGGAAUUCCAGCACAUACUUCAGCAUACGUAGUUGAAGAGGAAAUAAAGGAACAGCAACGAAGAAAGCAAGAGUCUCUGAGACAUUUUCAGAGACAAGUCAGGCACCGGGUCAAUCAGCGGGUUAAGCUGAGGAAAAAGCAACAACUUCACAAGUCUUACAAAGCAGCAGAAAAGGAAGGCUCUAUAGCCAUGCAGUAUUCAGAUUUGGCACAUUUAUCUUCUAAAAGGACAAGUGUUUUCCCUAGCAAUUUGAAUGCUGCUGUUGGAAGGUUUAGGUUACCCACUUCCCAGGUGCUUGGUGAUGCAAUAGAAGAUGGAGAGAAUCAGUUGUUUCAACAACAAGCUCAAGCUCUUAGUCAAACUAUGAAACAGGCACGUCACCAGCUGGCAUCCUUUAAAACUGUGAGUGAAAAAAAGACACCAGUGCUUCCAAAUGGUGGAAGGAAAGGUUGUCCCACCCAAGAGGGCCUUGGCUGUGGGAAAAUUUCAUUUGUUGCUGUAAGUGAGGAGAGAGAUGCUUUGUUUGUGAGCUGCCAGCAGGAUUUCCUUUCUGAAGACAAAGAAAAGGCUUUCAGCAAAGUUCAGAAAGUAAAAUUCAAAAAUCCCUUAUCUGUUGUGAUAAAAGAAGAUGAACGAAAGCAAUUACAUCCUCAUAGCCUUCAGGCUGUUCUUCCAGAAGCCCAGGAUUAUUUUGUAGAAGUUCAAAGCGGCCUUCCAGAAUCUCAGAGUGAUGUGAUAGACGUCCAGAAUGUUGAGCCUAAAGCUUCAAGAAUUGAACCUAAAACUCUAGGUGUUGAGCCAGACACCCAGGCCACUGGUGUGGAGUGUCAGACUACAGAGCCAGAAGGCCAGGCUGUUAAGACGGGGAUUCAGGAUGUUCCUAAAGUCCAGACUGUUGAGCUAGAUGGCAAUACUGAGCUGGAAGCCCAGGAUUUUCUACCCUCGCACCAGGCCUUUCUAUCCAGAGACACAGAUUGUCUACCCAAUUGUCAAUACCAGGAUUCUUUACCCAAAGGUCACUGUGUUCUCCCUAAUUACUGGAAUGUUUUACCUAAAUACCAGAACCAGCAUUUUCUACCAGUAGACCAGGAGUUUCUACCUAGAAACCAACUUGCUUUACCCAAAGAACAGAAUCACCCACUUCAAUGUCAGAAGCAGGAUCUCCUACCUAGAGAACAGUUUCCCCUGCUGCUGAGACACCAGGACCAAAGAGAGCCACAUGUUCUUCCUAAAUGUCAGGAGCAUGAUGUUCUUUCCAAAGCCCAGAAUUAUCUACACAAUUAUCAGGAGCAGGAUCUUCAACUCCAAAACCAGGAAGUAAACUCUAAGGAGCCACUCUCUGAUAUAACAGAUGGGAAAGGGAGAGAAAUAUUUUCUCUGGACAUGUUUUCCAAGAAACCCUCAACUUUUAUGAGAAGAGAGAGGGGGGAUGAGGAGUUACCUCUGGACUCUCCUCAGUGUGCUCCACCUCAGAUCCAGGACCAAGUCUUCCUUAGAGAACAGAGCCAGCAGCCCUCUGUUAGGACAGCUGAACGGUGGCAAGAGGAUUUGUAUCUCAGUGGCCAUGAAUGUCUUCCACCCAGACAACGGAGAGACACGUGCAGCAGGCAACAGAGUGACAGCCAUGGGAGAAAAACCUUUGUUUACAAGCUAGCAAGUGUGAGACGGAAGGCUUUUCACACCCACGUUCCAUCUUGUCAGAAGUUACAAGCUGGAAAGUUUACAUGGUGGUUCUGGGAGUCUAAAUUUAGCUGUAGUCAGCAGGUCUAUGAGGAGUAUCGGUCGGGACUGAGCACUGAACAGCAGGCUCUGCUGGCAUUUCAGUCUGGAGUGGAUCAAGAAGAAGAUAAAAAAGAGCGUCAAAAGCAAUAUCUGAGACACAGGAGGCUUUUCAUGGAUAUUGAGAGAGAACAAGUGAAAGAACAGAACAGACAAAGGGAACGAAAGAGGAGGAUUGAAAAAAUUAAGAAAAAGAAAGAACAACAACGCUAUGCUGAAGAGCAGAGACUCCUAAGAAUGAACUGUCAUGAAGAACCUUAUUCAGAAGAGAAGAUAAGUGAUGUGUUAGCCCAGUUACAACUGGAAGAAAUAAAAGGAGCCAGAGAAAAACAGCAACAGAGAGAAAAAGAGUACAUAAGAUAUGUAGAAGCUUUACGAGCCCAGGUCCAGGAGAAGAUGAAGCUUUAUAAUAUCACUUUACCUCCAUUAUGCUGUUGUGGUCCUGAUUUUUGGGAUGCUCAUCCUGAUACCUGUGCCAACAAUUGCAUUUUCUAUAAAAACUACAGGGCAUAUAAUCGGGCAUUGCAUUCAGUCAUCAAUUCUUCUGAUAUCUCUGAGGGGAACGCAACUCUUCGAAAUGCCAUUCGUAAUUUUGCUUCUGCACAUAGACGGACUCCAAAACAAAGUCUCCACUAAAGAGUGUCAGCAAAAUGCUGUCAUGUAGAAAACCACAAGACAACCUGAAGCUACUGGAAGCCACCACAGUGUCAACAGUUCCAGCCUCACAGUGCACCCCUGAGCUAUAGCCCUUCCAAAAGGCAUUUUCCCCACGCCAAGCAAGGAACAUCAAGAGUUUGUUUCUGAAAUUGUGUUUACUUUACAAACUAUAGAUAUGUUUUAUGUCCAGUUUUCAAUUUGGGCCUUAGAGCUAAUAUUGAUGUUAAUAUCACCUCACAAGCUGAAAGCAUAAUGCUAGAAGCGUAAUGCUAGAAAUGUCUUCAAAUUCCUUGUCAUACCAAAAGCAAAAUGCAAAGAAAGGAGAACACAAGAGCACCUUUUAAUUUUAAAGUGUUUGGAAACAUGUACAGCUUGGAUACAAUUUCAGAGCUCCAGACACACAUGUCCUUGUCAUGUAAGCCAGACGCUUUGAGAAGCUGCAGUGGGACUGUGGUUAGAUUCUAACUUAAACCCAAUGAGGGCAAUAGACACAGCUCAAAUAAGACUUGCGGAUCAUAGUAUUCCCCUCUUUAUGGUAUGUGCAAGGGGACAUAUAAACAUUUCUAGUUGUGCAUGAUGGUACAUGUCUUUAAUCCCAUUACUAUGGAGGCUGAUGCAGAAGGAUCAGGAGUUUGAGGACAGCUGAGCUACAUGAAACUGUCUCAAAAAAAAUUUUAAGCCAAAUAAAAUAGUUGUUUUUCCUUCUGCUUCUGUUGCUAUUCCUCAUCUUCUUCCUUCUUUUUGUGAACAAAUCAAUAGGAUCCUUUUUACUGUCAGACUUUCCCCUUGAUUUGUAUGUGUGAUAUCCUUCUAUUUCUCCCUCUGCUUCACCACCUCACUGACACAGGGCUGCUUUUCUUUGCUACUUAAGCUGUUCAGCAGCUCACUCAACUGUUUUGUUUGUUUGUUUGUCUGUUUGUUUGACCACAUCUACAAAUAGAGAUUCCCCGGAUUUGUGGUUUUGAUCUUAGGCCAGAGUUCUGAACAAAACAAGAUGAAUGCAGACAGUGCUCUGUGAGCAGCUGUAGUGCCCAUUUGUGCAAACCACCUGGAAGGUGGUCUACAGUCCUUCAUUUUCCAAAUGGAGGGACUUUUGUCCAACUUCGUCACUUCAUAGUUUUAAAUUUCCCUUCUGAGGCAUUUUCUCCAUUUUUUAGAGCACUUAAGUAAAUCCUGCAAUAUUGGGAAGGACAUUGGCUCUUCUCGUGGUCUUCUCUGCCUGUCUACAUAAAGAAGGUGUAAGCAGUCAUAAGCUUUUGGUUUCUUGGGUCACUUUUAGUCAUCCUGAUGUAUUGUUCUCUAGGAAAUGCAGAGCACAGCACAAGGUUCCCUGCCCUCAAACUAGCUCUAUCUAUGAUAACCAACUUUUAUAUAAUUGUUACUAAUUAACAAUGUUAACAAUAAAUAAUGGCAGUCUUUCUGGAGUCUUCCCACUCUAAAAAUCCCAUUCUAAACCUAGGUAAUCAUUAAUCUAUUUCUUUUAUGUAUAAAUAAGUCUUUAUGUGAGUCAUCUUAUAAAUGAAAUAUACAAUAUGAGCUCUUUUUACUGAACUUUUUCAGUUAGCCUGAUGUCAAUACUCAUCUGUGUUGUCAGAUUCAUUAAUGUGUUGAAUAGUAUUGAUAGUAAUUGUAAUGAUAAAACUAUUUAUCCAUUCAUCCACUAGUAGACAUUUGGGGAGUUUUCUACAUAGUUAUUAUGAAUUCUGCUAUGAACAGUUGUUCUCAGGAUUCUAUAAUACAUGUUUUCGUUUCAUGGUGUAUGGGAGUAAAAUUCUGGAGUCACCCAGUAGCUUUGUAUUUAACUUUUGACAAACUACAAACUGUUUUCCAAAGUAGCUGUACUAUUUUUCACUCUCCAGAACAUGUAAGGAAAGGCUCAGUGUUCUUCACCAACAUUCAUGUCUUAGACAGGUGGCUGCGAUGUGGUGUUUCACUGUGAUUUUAAGUUCCUUCUAGCAGUUGAUAUUGGUUAUUUUUUUCAUGUGCCUGUUGGCUGAGUGGGUUUGUCUUUUGAAGAUGUUUGCCAGAUACUUUUCCAGCUUCAUAACUGGGUUGUCUUUUUAUUAUGGAAUUAGGUUGUAGAAAUUUUAAAUCCCAACUCAGGGUUUCUACACUGCCUUUGACCAUUUUAGUUCCCAGAUAAAACACACACACAACCUUUAUAUUUACAGUAAGCCUUAAAUUGCACAAGAGCAGGGCAGAUACCUGCCCUCUAUGCUAUUAGAAUCUACUUUCUUAUGAUAAUCCCAAGUUAUUACUUACAAUGUUUCAUCUAGGCUGCUCUUAACUCCAAUUGGCCAGCCUUCAGGCCAACGUUUUUAUGGCUCACCUAACCCAUGGCUGCUUCUCUUCUUCCUACACUUCCUCUCUUGGUUUUCCUCAGACCCCAAGCCCUGGAAACCUAAACCUUACCUCUGUCUCUUCUGCCUAGCUAUUGGCUGUUGGCAUCUUUAUUUACCAACCAGAAAUAGCUUGGGGUCAGAGUCACAGGUCUUUGUGAGGACUCCAGAUCUUGGGAUCCACCACUUAGCAUUAUAAUAGAUAGCAAGACCAAACCUCAACAGAAUUAGAAGAGCUCCUAAUGUAGUCUACACACAGGUCCUCUAUGAGCUGGAUCUUUUGUAUUUGCUCCCAUUCUGGGGAUUGAUUUUGUUUGUUUGUUUGUUUGUUUGUUUUUUGACAGUGUCUCACUGUUGUUCUGGCUGUCCUGGAAGUCACUUUGCAGACCAGGUUGGCUUUGAAAUCACAAAGAUUUCCCUGGCUCUGCCUCCCAAAUGCUGGGAUUAAAGAGUGUAAUACCUACUUCUUUUCACUUUCUUAGUCAUUUCUGCAGCUUGUAGACUUAAUGAUAUCUAAUUUUUAUAUAUUUGUGGCCUGUGUUUUUUGCUAUAGUCUGAAAAGCCAUUCCUUGAUCCUGGGCCACAAAUGUUUAUCUCACAUGUUUUGUUACAAGUUUUAAAAGUGUUGGUUUUAUAUUUCAAGUUACUAUUCAGUUGGGGCUAAUGUGUGUCAAAGGUCAUUCUUUCACAUGUGGAUACCUAGUAUCCCACUAUCACUUGUUAAAGACGACCAUUUGGCACAUAGAAUUGACUGGAAACGUCAGAGCUUCCUUGUAAGAUCUCUGUUGUGUUCCAUUCAUCCUGUGCCUGUCCUUGUAUAGAAUAUUUCUACAAUACUAUAACUUUGUGAUAAGUUUGAAGUUGACAAGUGUGAGCCCUUUUUUUCCUUUUUUAAAAAGAUAAUUUUACUUUUCUGAGUCCAUACAUUUCCAUAUGAGUUUUAAGGUCACUUUUCUACCAAAAACAAAACAAGACAAAACAACAAUAACAAACAAAACAGCAAAACAAACAAACAAACGAACACACAAAAGAGUAGCUGGAUUCUGAUAGGAAACAUACUGAAUUCCUGAUUAACUUGUGAAUAAUUGGCAUCUGACCCAUGAACAUGGAGUGAGAUCUCAUAUGUGUAUGGCUUUAAUUUUUCUUGGCUAUGUUUUACAUUUACAGAGGACAAAAAUUGUAUGUAGGUUAAACAUGUUCCUAAUGCUAUUAUAUUGAUGUUAUUGUAAACGAAAUUACCUUUUGUCCCUUUUUUUUUUCCAGUUUGAGCCUGGUCUUAUGUAACUUAGGCAGGCCUCAAACUCAGUAUGUAGUCAAGAAGAGCCUCUCCUGUUUCUAUUUUUUUGAGUGCUGAAAUUAUAGGCAUGUACCACCAUACCCACUUGAUGCAGUGCUGGGGAUUGAACCAGGGACUUUGUGAGUACUGAGCAAGAACUACAUCUUCAGCCCAGAAUUUUGUUUUUUAAUUAUAGUUGUGGGGCAUAUUGUGUGUGUGUAUGUGUGUGUGUGUGUGUGUGUGUGCGCGUGUGUGUGCGCGCGCGCAGGGGGGGGGAGGGGGGUGACACUACUGUUUAAAUGUGGAGGUCAGAGGUCAACUUCAAAAGUUGGUUUUUCUCCUUCUACUGGGAUCCAAGGAUACAACUCAGGUUAUCAGACUAGUUCACCCAGUACUUUUAUCCACUGAGCCAUCUCUCCAGUGCCAGCCAAGAAUAUUUUAUAUGUUGAAUCGUGUCAUCUUAAAAUAGAACCUUACUUCCAGCUCAGCAUUUUGUUUCUUUUUCUUGUCUAAUUACUAGUCUUGUUACUGGUUAGAACAUCAUGCACAAAAUUGUACAGUACUUUAAGAGCAAAGAAUUUUUAAAUCUUCAUGGCAUUUAUCAGAUUUGAUGAUGUUCCCUUUAAUUACUAGCUUACUGGGUGUUGUUAUCCUGGAAUUGUCGGGUUUUAUCUGAUUCUUUCCUGCUUCUAGUAGUAUUAUGUAUUCUUUGGUUUUUGUUUUUUCUUUUUUUGGUUUUUUGGUUUGUUUUUCUUUUGGGUGUUUUUUUGUUGUUGUUUUUUGUUUUUUGAUCAGGGCCUUGCCAUGUAGACUAAGCCAGCUUCAAACUUAUGCUCUUGCCUUAAAAAAAAAAUUAAUUGCUUUUCUUGUGUUAAUACAACAUUAUUUUCCUAAGAUACUUUGUAUUGACUUUUAUUUCUAUAGGCCUCACACAGUUUUUUGUUUGUUUGUUUGUUUGUUUGUUCUAAGUCUGGUUUUCUGAAACAGGUGAUUUGACUUUUGUGAGCUCAAGUUAGUAAAAUGAUGAUAAAAUGACCAUUGAAUAUCAUUACAAAACUUUAAGUCGUUUAGUUUCAGUCUAUAUAUAGAAGUUUCAAGAUUGAUGUCUUAGGGUUGUAUUGCUGUGAAGAGACACCAUGAGUACAGCAACUCUUAUACAGGAAAACAUUUAAUUGAGGCUAGCAUUCAGUUUUAGAAGUUUAGUCCAUUAUCAUCUUGGUGGGAGGCAUGGCAACAGGCAAACAUGAUAUUGAGAAGGAGUUGAGAGUUCUACAUCUCGAUCAACAGGCAGCAGCAGGAAGAGUGACACUGGACCUGACUUAAGCAUUUGAAACCUCAAACCCCACCCCACUGACAUUUACUCCAACAAGAACACACCUUCUGGUAGUGCCACUCCCUGGUAACCAGCAUUCAAAUCUAUGAGCCUAUGGAGACCAUUCUUCCACAAACCCCCAUAGAGGUGAAUGUUCUUGAACUGCAGUCUGGUCAUAUGUUAACAGUGGCCUGUGGUGCCAUCUGUGACUUAUAGAAGUCUCAGAGUAAUAGCAUUGAUCAAGAAGAAGCAAGCCACCUGUCACACAUGAUGGUAGUGUGGUGAAUUCUGUUUGAAGUGAUAAAUGUGCUUUGGAAGGAAAUCUGGAAUCCAAGUUUCUUGUUUUGUUCCUAAAUUUGCAAGACUGUUGUCCUGGCUAGUUUUAUGUCAACUUGACACAAGUUAGACUCACCAGAGAGGAGGGAGCCUCAAUCGACAAAAUGUCUCCAUAAGAUCUGGCUAUAGGAAAACCUGGAGGGCAUUUUAUUCACUGGUGAUUGAUGUGGGAGGGCUCAGCCCAUUGUGGAUGGUGCCACUCCUGAGCUGGUGGUCCUGGGUUCUAUAAAAGAGCAAGCUGAGCAAGCCAGGGGGAGCAAGCCAGUAAGCAGCACCCUCCAUGACCUCUGCAUCAGCUCCCCCUCCAGGUUCUUCCCCUGCUUGAGUUCCUGCCCUGACUUCCUUUGAUGAUAAACUGUGGUGUGGAACUGUAAGCAGAAUAAACCCUUUCCUUCCCAACUUGCUUUUGGUCAUGGUGCAUUAUCACAGCAAUAGAAAUCCUAAUUAAGACAAUGGGGAACCAAAAUUUGCAGGGUAAACUUGAAUCACCUUCCUAGAUUAGCAGAGAACUUUAAGGAAGAAGAGGCUUAAAGAUAAAAACUGACCCUAAAGAGAUGGAUUUUGAUUUUUGGAGCAGGAAUAGUUUGUGGGUAAAGAAAACGAUUAGGUUUGGACCCAGGAUUUAAAGUAGUGUGUGGCUGAGGAAUGUCUCUCAGAGUGUUUGUUUAGCAUGUGUAAGGCUGGGAGUUUGAUCCCAGUACUGAUGAGUGUGUGGCAGGGAAGGAGGGAGGGAGGGGAUGGAUAAGUAAGCAGGGUAGAAGGUAGGCAUUUCAGUCGGAAAAAAGAGACUGAAUAAGAAUGAAUAUUGGUGUCUGGAGAGAGGCCUCCAUGAUUAAAAGCAUUGGCUGAUCUUCCAGAGGGCCUGGGUUCAAUUUGCAGUACCCACAUGGCAGCUCAUAAUCAUCUGUAACUCCAGGACUAGUAAUCUGAUGCCCUCUGCAGGCUCAGGCACUGCGUGCACAUGGUGCACAGACAUACAUACAGGCUAAACACCCACCCAUACACAUAAAAAUUAAAGUAAGAGAAUGAAUAGUCCUUGGAUAGCUGUUCAUACUUUCUGUAUGUGUUUCCUCCUCACUAUUAUUUGAUGGCACAGCUUUCUCUAGGCAUGAAAAAAAUAGACAACAGGGAACCGUCACAGCUCCCACCAUUUUAUCUACACAGGCACACUUGCCUGUCCCUACUUAAUCCUGCUACUGUGGGGCUCUCUCAUCCUGUCUUAUCCCAUCCUGUGGCUGAAGUGAGUCCCCCCAUCUCCUCAGUACUUCUCUUUACCACAUCAUUAAUUUCUCCCACACCAGGCAUGGUGGUGGCACAUGCCAUUAUUGCCAACACUCAGGAGACGGAGUCAGACAGAUCUCAAGAGUUCAAGGCCAGCCUGGUAUAUAGAGCAAGUCCCAGGACAUCCAGAGCUACACAGAGAAACUGUUUCAAAACAAAACGAAAGUUUCUAACAUUCCUGUAGGUGCACAGAACUGUUGUAAUUUUUUUCCCAUAUGGAAAACCAGCCAACUUAAAAAAAAAUGUAGAAGAGAAUAAAAGGGAAAAAACUAACUUGGUUUACCUGAUAUACUUUCAGUUACUGCUAAACAACUUUGCUUCCCUUUAAAACAACAUUCCUGAGUUCUCAGUACUCACUGCUCCUUCUUAUGUUCUGCCUUAUACCGUCUGUCUUUACCACUCUAGUGAAAACAUUCUUUAGAUAGGGUGUGGUGGUGCACACACUAAGGAGGCUGAGGCAGCUGGACCCUGUGCUCCAGGCCAAAGUCACCAGUAGCUUCUACAUUGCUAAAUCCAAAGGUCGUUUUCAAACUUCAUCCUAAUUAUCAACAGAAUUUAACAUACGUGAUCCAUCUUUUUUUUUUUAAUCACCCUAUCACCUGGCUUCCCCACCACCAAAGUUCUAAUUUUUUUUCUGUGUUCAUUUUGAAAUCUUUUUUUUAAAUUAGGUAUUUUCUUCAUUUACAUUUCAAAUGCUAUUCCAAAAGUCCCCCAUACCCUCCCCCCCCCAACUCCCCUACCCACCCACUCCCACUUCUUGGCCCUGGCGUUCCCCUGUACUGAGGCAUAUAAAGUUUACAAUACCAAGGGGCCUCUCUUCCCAAUGAUGGCCGACUAGGCCAUCUUCUGAUACAUAUGCAGCUAGAGACAUGAGCUUUGGGGGUACUAGUUAGUUCAUAUUGUUGUUCCACCUAUAGGGUUGCAGACCCCUUUAGCUCCUUGGGUACUUUCUCUAGCUCCUCCAUUGGGGGCCCUGUGUUCCAUCCAAUAGCUGACUGUGAGCAUCCAUUUCUGUGUUUGCCAGGCACUCUUCUGUCUUUCCUUCCCCUUGCUCCUUUGAGCUUUUUUCUAGGUCUGUGGGUUUAAGUAUCAACUAUAUAUGAACAACUUUGAAAUUUAUUUUUCUGGCUCCUGACUUCAUCUCUCAUCUCCAGAUUCAUACAUUUGGCUGCAUAGGUAACAUUUCUGUACGGUUGGUUUCCCAAAGAUUUCUGCUUUUCACACUUUACCCACUCUCAGUUAAUGACAGUUCUGCCCAAAACCUUGUAGAAAUCAUUGGCUCUUCUCUUUCUCUGAUCCUUCAUCAUUCCAUUAGCAAAUGAUGCCACGUGUCUACCUUCAGAGUUUUAUCUCUAGUUCCUGUUCCCACUGCUUGACAUGUUCCAAACCAUCUUUCUUGUGGAUUACUUGUGAGUUUCCUAACUGUGCUCCCUCUCCUCCACUCCCCUCUUUCUUCCCCCCCCCCCCCAAUCCCAUAAUCCAUGCUGGCCUUAAACUCUCUUUGUAGCCAAGAAUGACCUUGAAUGUCUCAUCCUCCUGCACCCAAUGUCUCAAGUGCUAGGAUUACAGGUGUGCUGUACUAUACUUAGCUCUAACUUUAGCACAUCUUCCUCUAAAGCCAAUCUUCCCCUCUCCAUCUCCUAACAACACAGUGUAUACACACCCCAGUCCACUUUAAGUAACUUAACAGCAAAUGUUCGUUAUUAUACUCCUAUCCAUUUCAGUGAAUGCUAUUUCCAUCUAAUUUAUUUUCACCAAAAAUUGUGGAGUCACUCUCCACUCUUUCUUAUGCACACAGGUUUUAUUGGUUUUAUCCUUAGAAUACACUCAGAAUUCAACUGUUUUUUUACAGUGCUUGUCCCAUUAAGGUAAUGCUGGUCCGCAUCACCACUGAGUUUCCCCUGAGUUACUAAAGCAGCCUCCUAUUUGUUUUCCUUGCUUCUGUUUAUGUGCAACUCCUACAUUGCUUCAGAAUUAGAAAGAUCGUCCUGCCAUGCCACUCCUGCACAAACUCUCCUUUGUCUAUGGAUUUUUCUCAGAAAAGGCUUGUCCGUCCAGUGUCAUGCAGGACAUGACAGUGUGAUUUUAGGCUGAUCUGAGGCUUUUCUCCUGCCUCUUUCCUCUCUGCUCUGAUUAGCCACCCUGACUUGUUCUAACUUGGGCACUCCAAGGACAAUUUUGCUUUAAGGAUUUCUCAUAUGCUGUUACCUUUGAUAAUAUUUAGCUUGCAUCCUUCAUCUUUGGUCAAAUGUAGUUUAUCAUGAGGCCUCCCUAAUGAACUAAAGUGCCCCUUCCUACUCACCCCUGACACACGUGCUCUACAUUCUCUCUUUAAAUGUUUCCUUUAUGCUACUUAGCCUGUGGGGUGGAGUAUUUGUUUUGUUUUGUUUUGUUUUCCUUUCCACUGGAUUGUAUACUUUUAUUUGUAUUUGUUAAAUUCUGGUAUAGGUCCCCAAUGUUAAGGUUAUACCUGAUACUUAUUGGACUCUCUGUCAAUAUUUAUUAAAUAAUUAAACUUGUCUCCCACCCCCUUUU